UUCGAGGACGUCGCGUUCCGCUACGACCUGUCGCGGCCCGACGCGCCCUUCGCCGUCGAGGGCGUCACGCUGCGCCUCGAGGCCGGCAAGUCGACGGCGCUCGUCGGCGCGAGCGGCAGCGGCAAGUCGUCCCUCGCGAAGCUGCUGCUGCGGCUCCACGACCCGGAGCGGGGCCGCGUGCUCGUCGACGGCGUGCCCCUCGACGCGCUGGACGUGCUCAAGCACCGGCGGCGCGUCGGCAUCGUCCAGCAGGAGCCGUCGCUCUUCGACCGGACGAUCUACGAGAACAUCGCCUACGGCAUGGAGCCGCCGCCGAGCCGCGCCAAGGUCGCGGCCGCGGCCUUCGCCGCGGGCGUCGACGCGGUCAUCGCGGCGCUCAAGGACGGCUACGACACGCCCGCGGGCGAGAAGUCGACGCGGCUCUCCGGCGGCGAGAAGCGGGGCGAGCGAAGGGCGCGACGCGAGAAGCAGCGCGUCGCGCUCGCGCGCGCGCUCGUCCGCGAGCCGACGCUCAUGCUCCUCGACGAGGCGACGUCGGCCCUCGACGCCGAGUCCGAGGCGUCGGUGCUCGAGGCGCUCGACGCCGCGGCGUCGGGCCGCACGACGCUGGCCAUCGCGCACCGCCUCGCGACGAUCCAGCGGAGCGACGCGAUCGCCGUCGUCGCGCACGGCAAGAUCGUCGAGCUCGGCACGCACGACGAGCUCCUCGACAUCGAGCACGGCGCCUACGCGGCCCUCGUCGAGAAGCAGAGCCUCGGCGCCUUACACCACAUCCCGCGGACGCCGAGCGCGCGGUCGCUCGACGCGGCCUCCGUGACGGACUCGUCCAAGGGCGAGGACGAGCACGACCACGACGACGACGACGAGCUCCUCGCCUACCACCACGCGCUCUCGCACCACCAGCACGACCGGCACCGCCACUACUACCGCUCGAUCUCCUUCUAA